AUGAUGGGAGUGACGAGAAGGUCGAUCUUAGCCACUCUCGCUUUUCUAAUGUUAAUGGGCAUUGCCGUCUAUUUUAGACUCUGGGCCAUUCACUACAACCUUUCUUCUGAUGACACUCAAAUCAUAAGGCAACAGUUUGAUAUUGCUAACAGGGAGGCAAUGGAUGAAUCUGCUGAGUGGAGGCUUAGGUAUGAUGAGGAGGUGGAUAGGACAAAGAAGUGUUUGCAGGAGCUUAAAGUAUUUCGGGAGCCCUCUGAGAAGGGGCAGGAUGCUUCUGAUAAUAACCAUAAACUGGCAAUACUGCAAAAGGAUAAUGCAGUCUUGCUUGAAAGGUUGGAAACAUUGAAAAGAGAGCUUGAAGAAGAAAGAUUGAAGUGCAGUUCACGGUACAUGAAAAUUUUGAGGAACCAGACGCUCCUGUGCACCCCUUCUCGACUCUAUUUUCAAUGUGCAUGA